AUAGGGAGAAUCCGACCGGUGCAAAAACUUGAAUUUAGAGAGGAGAACCCGAACCGGCCCAUCUAUCAUUCCCAAUUUCCCAAACCGCGCAAUCCUUCUGCUAUAUAAAAAAACCCUAGAAUUCAAAUUGAAGCUCAAUAGAAGAAGAGGCAAAGCUUUUCAAGUUGGGGGAGGCAUCAAAUAAUGAUGGAUAUUGAUCCGACGAGGAUCUAUCGGAAACAACCUAUCUACCUUCACAGGGUAGGGGCAAGGCUGCGUACACACCACCCUCCUCCCUAGACCCACAUGUGGGAUUACACCGGUUUGCUCAAAAGGAAUCUUUAGACGGUGAUAUCAUAUGACAAAGAAUCAUAAUUGCAAGAAAUAAUAAAGAGGUCAUUUAUCAAACAGUUGUCCUUGCGAAAUUUCUCCUUUUUGUCAUGAUAAUUUAUUAUUCACAUCCUAAAAUCAUUGACAUUAUAAUGCUCUUCUUUUUUAUAAUAAUAAAAAAGUUCCCUAAUUUAUAAUAGUCUAACUAACUAAUAUUUGCUUUAAUUAGACCCUUCAAUUAAUAAUUGUGUUGCAUAAAUUGUGAUAAUGAAUGAAUAAAAUUAAAACUUUUUUUCAAUAGAAAAAUAAACCCUAGAAAACAAGAUUGCGCAUCCGAUCAUGGAGCGGCGCAGGUACACUCCUUCCUUUUAUCCCACCCAAUGAUUCAAUUGAUUUUUUUCAAGCAAUCGCAGCUCGAUAAUAGCACCUGAUUGACAAGAAAUUCCCUGCCCUCCUCCAAUUUGCAUUUUCUUUUGCAAAUAAAAAAAAAACUGAGUCUCUUCAAUCAAUAGUUAGCAAUUGAGAAACCAUUAAUCUGUCCAAAGAAAGAUGACACAAAAAAUUAAGAAUGAGGGAAAAUUAGCAGAUAGUAGUUCUGCUCCAGAGAUACAGAAACAGAAGAAGAAGAAGAAGAAAUCCAUUGCAAUUCCAAAGUUAGAGGUUGAUCUUUUCAAUCAAAUUCUUAUUAGCAGUGGAGUUGAUGCAACCCAAAAAUUUAAUCAGAUCUCCAAAGGGAAGAGUGUUGUGGAGCCGUCAAAUGAUAACACAAACCAGAUGGAUGUUGAUUGGGCCCUGUCAAUUCACUUCCCAGAGAUAAUACUUAUGGACAUCCUUAGCCGGUUACCUGUGCAGUCUCUACUCGAUUCAAAUGUGUUUCGAAAUAUUGGGAAACGUUGAUCUCCGAGCCUUACUUUAAGAAGAAGCAUCUCAAUCGUGCCAAGAAUGACCAAGAUUCCCAGAAACUUCUUACUAUCCAAAUGUGCAGUAAGAAUCGUAUAUUUUCCAUGUAUUGUUGUCCUUUGUUGCCGGUUCAGCUGGUUGAGGAUGUACAAAAACUCAAUUUCCCUUCAAACCCUACACCAUGGCACUGCAGAAUCCAUUGUUGUUAUGAUGGCCUGGCUGUUAUGGAGGUUCGUGAUAAUUUUAAAGAUAAACACUCCACACUUUUGCUUUGGAACCCCUCCACAAGAGAAUCAAUAGUACUUCCUUCUCCGGAAUUUCCACGGGGGAGCCUUACUUGUUUUGGUUUGGGUUAUGACUCAACCAGUGGUGGGUAUAAGAUCUUUCAGCAUUAUCAGGGUUGCUCUUUUCCUGGUGAAAUUCUCGCGCUGAAAGGUGGCUCCUGGAGAAGAAUUGAUGAGCAUCCUCGUGGCAUUGACAACCAGUUCGUUUGCAGGCAGUUUUUGGCAUUUGUACAUGCGGCAUUUCAUUGGAUCGCUUUCUCACGAAAUCAAGCUGUGGUGGUGUCGUUUAGUAUUUCAAAUGAAGUGUACGGAGAUAUACCUUUUCCGGAGGAAAUGUCAGCCUUGACGGCGCUUAUUGGCGCUACAGUGUUGGAAGGAAUGCUUUGUGUUUAUUCUAAUUCUAUUUAUCCGGGUAAGCGUACUAUUAAGUUAUGGGUAUUGAAAGAGUAUGGUAUCAAGGAAUCUUGGAUUCCAUUCUUAUCUGUAGAAGAUCCUACGGGUGCUAUUUCUAUACCGAAAUAUAGGUUUGCAGAUGGUGAAAUGCUAUUCUGGUGCAAUGAAGGGGUUAUGUUUAGGACACGCUGUGGACCAUUUGGAGCAUGGCCUCGAUGUGAUACCAUAUUUGAUGGACAUGCUUUUAGAGAACGCUUGAUUUAUCCAACACGUUGUGGACCAUGUGGAGCAUGGCCUUCAUGUGAUUCCAUAUGUGAUGGACAUGCUUUUACAGAAAGCUUGAUUUCUCCAAGAUCACUUACUUAUUAGUUUCUUAUGUAUGAUUGAGACACUCUUUUUCUUCUUUUCUUGUUAUGUUACAACUCUCAUAUUCUUCUUAGUUUAUCUCCAGUUUUUGGAGUACAAUGUCAUCUUUAGCUGGUAGGUCUGGGGGACAAGAAAUUAAUGCCAGUAGAUAUCUUGGAGAAGUGUUCGUCUAUCCAUCAUGUGGAGUACUUGGCUU